CAACGCAGAAUUAUAUAAUUAACACUAACGAACGUAGUUUAGGUUCUAGUAACCCUAAACUCUCUACAAAUCAAGGAAAAAGUAAGAGAAAAAACAUAAACACAAUAUAGGUCAUUAGAGUGUGUUUGGUCAGAUGGGGGAGAGGAAUCCAUUUAUUUUCUUCCUUGCUUCACAUUUGUUCAUCUCCCGAGUGUUGUCAAGGACUAUCAUAACCAUAGAGAACAAAUGUGAUCAGACUGUGUGGCCAGUAAUCUACUCAUGGAACUCGCAAAUCACCACCACCGGCUUCACCCUCAAAACAGGGGAGGCCCGUGACAUCAACGCGCCUUCGUCGUGGUACGGUAUUAUUUCCGGUAGGACGCUUUGCUCCACCGCCGCAGGAAAUUUCUCUUGCGUCACUGGAGACUGCGACUCAGGAAAAAUCGAAUGUUCUCUUGAUGAUUACGGUUGGUCUCCGGUGACUUACGCCUACUUCAGAUUCGAUAACAAAGGCGGUUCCGACAGCUACACCAUAAGUGUCGAAUACGGUUAUAAUCUUCCAAUCGUGGUGGUCCCGUCGCAAAAGACUAGUACUACAUGUAUCCCCGCCGGUUGUGUGGUUGAUGACCUGAACAAGACUUGUCNUUACGAUAAGUUGAUUGAAUAUAACUGA